AUGUCUGCUUCUGAUCAAAAAAUAUAUUGCUGUGGUCCCAAUUGUGGAAAAGAAACAACCUCCAGCUUAAAAUGCCCUAUUUGUCUCAAACAAAAUCUAACUUCGGUAUUUUGUGAUCAAAGUUGCUUUCGUAGAAAUUGGUUGAAUCAUAAAGCAAUUCAUGUUAAAAACGGUGUUGAUUCUUAUAAUCCCUUUCCAGAUUAUGAAUUCACAGGCGCUCUCAGACCCUUUUAUCCAUUAUCCCCAAGAAGAUUUGUUCCUGACUCCAUUAAAAAACCAGAAUAUGUUACCAAUGGUAUUCCUGUUUCUGAACAGCAGACCGAUAGAACUUCUAAAAUGCAUAUUUUAAGUGAGUCUGAAAUCAAAACUUUUAGAACGGUUAAUAAACUAGGCAGAGAAGUGUUGGACGCAGCAGCCGCUGCAAUCAAACCUGGUAUAACUACAGAUGAAAUCGAUGAAAUUGUCCACAACGAAACAAUAAAGAGAAAAGCCUAUCCUUCACCAUUGAACUAUUAUAAUUUUCCAAAAUCUGUAUGCACUUCUGUUAAUGAAGUUAUUUGUCAUGGUAUACCGGAUAAACGACCUUUAAAAGAUGGCGAUAUAGUCAAUUUAGAUAUAUCUCUCUAUAAAGAUGGUUUCCACUCAGACCUAAAUGAAACAUAUUAUGUUGGAGAUAAGGCCAAAUCUGAUCCUAAAAUUGUCAAUUUAAUAGAGUCAACUAGAGAAUGUCUCGAUUUAGCUAUUCAAAGCAUCAAACCUGGUUUUCCGAUCAGAAACAUAGGCAAUAUUAUUGAGCCAUAUGCUAAAAAACAUGGCCUACAAGUAGUAAGGACUUAUUCUGGGCAUGGUGUUGGGACUUUGUUUCACUGUAAGCCAGAUAUAUUCCACUAUGCAAAAAAUAAAGCUGCCGGAGUUUGCAAACCAGGUAUGACAUUCACAAUUGAACCUAUGAUAACUCAAGGUACAUGGAAAGAUGAUAUAUGGCCUGAUAAUUGGACCGCCGUAACUCAAGAUGGCGGAUUAACUGCUCAGUUUGAACACACUUUGUUAGUUACUCAAACUGGAGUUGAGGUCUUAACUGCAAGAUUCAAACAUUCUCCAGGUGGCCCAGUUAAAAGAUUAUAA